AUGCCAAAACAUGCUCGCUGUUGCGUUGGUUAUUGUGAUAAUGACAAGCGGUUUCCCAAUCUUUGGACUGUAAGAUCGCAUGUUAAAGUCCUGAAGUUCCAUAAGUGGCCAAGAACACCGCAAUUAGCCGCAUUGUGGCGAAAACAAAUCGCCAAAGGUCGAGGUGAUGACUUCGAUCCAAAGCCGGGAGCGCARGGGACAUUUGUCUGUUCAAACCAUUUUCCCGAAGGCAAGAGAACACCAGAUAACUCUAAAACCGACUAUCCAACGUUAUUUAUUACCCUCAGUGAUUUUUUGAAGGCUCAAUCACCCAAAAAAAAAACAAAACUAGAGAGCGUUUAGAGAGCGAAAAUUCAGUAAGUGACAAGUGAGGUGACAAAUGACCAUGAGUGUGAUUCAAGGGACGAAGAGGAUUUUGAUUUUCAAGUUCCAAUGCACUUUGAACAAAUAACCAGGGAAGCAGACGUUAAGACAUUUACUGGUCUACCGUCUACCAAAGCAUUCAAAUGUAUUUUUGAAUAUUUAUUGUCUAGAACGCAAAAUAUGCAGUACUGGCGCGGGCCAAAACAAACUGCGAAGGAAGCGCCGAAGAAAGCUCCUGGUCUAGUAACAAAAGGUGGCCCAGGCCCAGGACGCAAGCUAGACUUACAGCAAGAAUUUCUGUUAACAUUGAUAAAACUUAAAUUGGGCCUCAUUAAUGAAGACUUGGCAUUUAGAUUUAUGGUUUCCUCAACUAUGGUCAGCAGUGUUUUUAUAACUUGGGUUAAACUGAUGUCAAAAGAGCUUUCAGUCUUGAUUAUAUGGCCAAGCAAACAAUAAGUCAAGAACACACUGCCAUCAUGCUUCAAGAAACUUUAUCCUAAAGUGAGAUGCAUUAUAGAUUGUUUCGAGUGUUUUACAGAAACCCCUAGUGGUUUAAGCCUUGCUGCUGCACUGUGGAUUGAAUACAAACAUCACUACACAUGUAAAUAUCUCUAUGGUAUCUAUUGGUAUCUAUCUAAAAAUGGAAUCUAUGGAAUCUGCAAGCUCAGUUUGGCUUUGUUCAUGAAAGUUUUGUAA